AUGACAACUAAAUUAAAUGAAAAGAAAGCAACACCCAUGCCUCCAGAAAUAGAAGCACUAAGAUUAGCUGCUCUUUCGACGAGAAAUCCCAGGAAGGAGAAGUCAAAAGUCGAUGAGAGCUCGACUCAAUACGAUUUUCCUGUUGCAAAUGUAUCUAGCAAUACAAAUUCGCCUAUCAUGCAACCAGCAUCUGUGAAUCAAGUUACUGCUGAGGACGUUAUGAUUGAAGACGGCAACUUUUCUGAAAGAGAGGAAGGCGAAUUAAGUGAUUCAGAUUCAAUAAACGGUUACAAUGAACCUUCUAGGGAAAACGGUUUUCAACAUAAAAGUGAGGAAACCACUGUAUUAAUGGCUAACACCACAGAUCAACAACAAUCCUACCAACAGCCUUGUCUAGGUGGGUAUUUACCUUUAAUUUUAUAUAAGCAAUUAAAUUCAAAAUAUGCUGAAGAAGAAUUAACGAGAAAAUUGUUAGCUGACUUAUACCGGUUGUCUGCUACACCCGAUGACAUAAUUGAAGAGGGGAUUCCUGUGGAUGUUGUUAUCAGGUUUUCUCGUGAGAUAAAUUAUCCGUUGCCACCACAUCUUGCCGUAUUUAGUAUCCCUGUCCGUAAACCAGCAACACCCAUAGAGGUACCUACUCAUGGAAGCACGAGUUCAAAUAUUAAUCAAACCCCAUUUUUAGCCACCCGUGAGACAAAUUAUGUCAUCGAUUUAAGCGAUGAAUCUCGAAAUACGAGUUCAAAUAAUAAUCAAAACCCAUUUUUAGCCACUCGUGAGACAAAUUAUGUCAUCGAUUUAAGCGAUGAAUCUGACAAUGAACGCAUUACUGGAUUAAUUAAACAAGUUAAAUCGUCUUUUAAAAAGGAUACUGGUGCAGAUUCUAAAUUAGAAACUGAAGAUGAAAAGAAGGCACAAUCAGAUGCAAAAAAAAAAGUUGGAGGAAAAGGAACCUCUGGUGCUACAAUACUACAAGAUAAAGUUGUUUCAAACCCUAGCUCUACAAAUACUAAAGUGCAAGUGGGUCCUGGUCCUGGUCCUGUUCCAGGUGUCGCACCACAUCCAGACAUUGCAACAAUUCGAGCAGAAUUAGAAGUGUUUGAGGCUGCCAAAGCCACUCUAAAUGAAAUACGGUCUAAAGUUGAAGCUGAGGAGAGAGAACUCUCCAACAUUCGAUCUCAUAUUAAAGACCAGGAACGGCUCGAAAGCGAUUAUGAAAAAAUGCAACUUGAUUUUAAUGCACAACGUGAAGAGUUACUAAAAAGUCGGAAUGCAUUGGAAGUCAGGAAGGAGUUGAUCGAAUCUCAACUCGUUGAUAUUAAUCGUCAAAUAGAAGAUAGUAAUUCAUUAAUUACUAGUAAAGAGGCAGAGAUCGAAGAUGUUUUAAGC